AUUAGAAGGAAAAGAAAUACAUCAUGUCCCUUAACUAGCCAACCCCAAGCUACUCAACCACAGACUGCUUCAUCACAACCUAUCCUACCCAAGCAAACCAAGUUUGCACCAGUUCCUGCACAACACUCCAACUCAUCCAAGAAAGUGAGGAAGACAAACAAUGUAGUGAGGACAUAA